CCGUCCACCCUGAACCGCAAAUGCUAUGUACAAUAUGGUUGAACAAGGUCUUAUUCAGGAGGCAGUAUUUUCGUUUUGGUUCAACCGUAAACCAGAGGAAGAGGAAGAGGAAGGGGGUGAGAUUGUCUUUGGUGGUGUUGAUCCUUCUCACUACAAGGGAAAUCACACUUAUGUUCCUGUGACAAGAAAAGGAUAUUGGCAGUUUGAUAUGGAAGAUGUAAUUAUUGAUGGCAAUUCCACUGGAUAUUGUGCUGAUGGCUGUUCGGCCAUUGCUGAUUCGGGGACUUCUUUGUUAGCAGGUCCAACGACUGUAAUUACCAUGAUAAACCAUGCAAUUGGAGCAUCUGGAGUUGUAAGCAAAGAGUGCAAGACCAUUGUUGCGGAGUAUGGUCAAACAAUAUUGGACCUGCUUUUAUCUGAAGCACAGCCGAGGAAGAUCUGUUCCCAAAUUGGAUUGUGCGCUUUUGAUGGCACUCGUGGUGUUAAUUUGGGUAUCGAGAGUGUAGUAGAUGAGAAUGAAAGAAAAUCAUCUGGUGGUUUUCACACUGCUACUUGUUCUGCCUGUGAGAUGGCAGUUGUUUGGAUGCAGAACCAGCUAAAGCAAAAUAAGACCCAAGAUCAGAUACUAACCUAUAUCAAUAAUCUUUGUGAUAAAAUGCCUAGCCCAAUGGGAGAAUCAGCUGUUGAUUGUGAGAAUAUCUCUUCGUUGCCUGUAGUUUCCUUCACAAUUGGUGGAAGAACUUUUGACCUUGCUCCAGAGGAGGUAAAAUCCUCAAUCUGAUUGAUCGCCUUUGCAAUUACUGGUCACUAUACUUUUGUAGUGUUAUCAAAAUAAGCUAAGUCUGAUCUAGCCUGUGUUUAGUUAAAUGUGAUUAUGUGAGAACUUACUCUAUGAUUUACAACUUCUAUAAACCAAGUCUAAAAAUCAUAGGAACGCUAUUAAACCAAAAAACAGUGUGGAUCCACAAACAUGAUGGAGUAAUGUAUGUUAUGCAGUAGCAAAGCACAAUUUGUAGUAGUAUAUUUUAAUACAUGAAUAUA